CUUCCUAAACACAGAGCGCGGCCGCUGCUCUGUUGAUACUGAGAGCGGAAAAAGGCUUCACUUUCUUGUGCUUAUCAUUUGUAAAAGCUUUUAAACAUCACCUUUUGUUUGCUGCAAAGCUGCAACCCAACAUCUUCCCUCACAAGAGGACCUGCAACCAGUUUUGAGUGUGUGUAUUAGCCACAACAAGUUAUCAGUGAUCUCAACAUCUGAUGCUACUUCCUGUCUCUGUCGUCAUGGCGACUUUAAGAACCCCAGAGCACAGGCUACAGGGCCAGUGAGGAGAGGCCUGAUGUCUAAUUCCACUCCUGACUGCAACUGAACUACAUGCAACGACCACACCGUGCUGCUCCUUAAAGAAUCCCAGACAUGGAGGAAGAAGGCAAGGUGAACGGCUUCGGCCUGAGCCCAGGGAGGAGGCGCUCAGACUGGGGUCAAAUCGCCCUUCUGGACAAGACCAAGGAGUUCUUCCAGACCUGCGAUGUGGAGGGCAAAGGCUUUAUUACCCGCACCGAUAUGAGGAGGCUCCACAGAGAGCUGCCUCUGUCUGCGGAGGAGCUGGAGGAUGUGUUUGACUCUCUGGAUACAGACGGCACUGGUUACCUCACGCUGGAGGCAUUCUCCUCUGGAUUCAGUCAGUUCCUGCAUGGCCGGAGGAUCUCUGUGACCGAUGACCAAAAUCAGGCCCCUGGCCCUGUCGUUAGGGCUAACGAAGCCUUUUAUCAGAGCCAAUGGGAAGCCAAGCUGUCAGGAGUUGACGAGGAGGAGGGGCAUUUCUGUAUGCUGCUGGAGAGCCUUGGGGCCAGUAAUGUCUUUGAGGAUCCAGGCGAGGUGCGCAGUCUUUGGGCCCAGCUCAGGCGAGACGAGCCUCACCUCCUGUCCAAUUUUGAGGAGUUCCUGGCCAGAGUCACCCACCAGAUUAAAGAUGCCCACCAGGAGAGGAAAGAGAUGGAGAGCGCCCUCCAGAGGAAGGCUGCAACACAUGACAGUGAGAUCCGUUAUUUAUACGAAGAGAUGGAGGCGCAGAUUAAAAACGAGAAAGACAGGCUGAUACUGAAGGACUCUGAGCGUCUUCAGUCCCGCAGCCAGGACCUGGAGCACCAACUGUUUUCAAAGGAGAAAGAGCUGGAACUUAUUUUCCAGAAGCAGAAAAGGUUAGAGCUCCAGUGCCUCGAGCUGAACAGCGAGAAGCAGGAGAGCCACGUGGAGAACGUCAAGCUGAAGAUGACCAACGAAGAGCUGUCCCGAGCCCUGCAGAGCACCAGCCAGGACCUGGCACUGGCCCAGGAUCAGCUGGCCAUGCUGCAGGAGCAGGCCGCCCAGCUGCAACAAGAGAAAGAGAUGGAAAUGUACAGAGUAACUGAGGGACUGCAGAGAGAGAAGCAAAGUCUCAUGAAGCAACUUGAUCUCCUCAGGGAGAUGAACAAACAUUUAAAAGAUGAGCGAGACAUAUGCUGCGGCGUACCUCGAAACUCCCUCCGUAAGAAGCAGAAACAGAGAGCGGGCCUCAACAGUGUGUUUGAUGACACCAGCCAGCCGACAAAAAGUGAGGAUGACACCACCAUCACCGGCCCCUCCUCCUCCUCCUCCACCACUAAUGUUAGCGCCCCCACGUGUCCACAACGCCCUACAGCAAGGAAAAACUCUGGCUUAGCCAACGGUUACACCAACCCUGCUCCGACUAAAGUGCACGAUGUGAAGGCAAAGGCCAAAAAAUCACCCGGCAAGAUGGCCGCCACUAAGCGGGUGACGGGGAAGGACAGAGAGAGAGCGAAGAAAGUGGAAAUGGAGAAGAAGACCGGGGUGGAAGAGGAGGCCUUGGACGCCCCUCCGGACGGAUGGCCCCUCCGUCGUGUCAUCUCCAUCGAGGAGGACCACCUGCCCCACCUCCUCCAAGGAGGGCCUCACUUUCUGCUGCACCAGCUCAGUGAGGAGGAAGACGAGGUGAACGAUGAGGAGGAAGAGGAAGCUCAGAGCGAUGUCGAAACAACAAUAAAAACAACAACAACCCCACCCUCUAGUCACGCCCCUGUGUCAGCAGAAGCCCCUCCGGCGCGGAAUUCCCGCUUUACCCGCGCGAUAAAAGACACCCAUGUCUCCAAGAGGACAGCCGGUCGGGAAGGAGACGCAGCAAACAAAAGAAGGAGCACUGUUUGCCCCGGACCGUCUGUUUAAAGUGGUCCUGGUUGGCAACUCGAGUGUAGGCAAGACAUCCCUGCUGCGCUCCUUCUGUGAGGGCCGUUUCCACCCCUCCACAACUGCUA